GGACAGCCCGGCGCGAGGCCCCGCGGCUCCGGUGGGAACGUCGCUGCUGGCGGCACUGCUGCUGGCGUCCAAGAUGUCGACCAAGAAUUUCCGAGUCAGUGACGGGGACUGGAUCUGCCCUGACAAGAAGUGUGGAAAUGUAAACUUCGCUAGGAGAACCAGCUGUAACAGAUGUGGUCGAGAGAAGACAACUGAGGCUAAGAUGAUGAAAGCUGGGGGAACAGAAAUAGGAAAGACACUGGCAGAGAAGAGCCGGGGCUUAUUUAGUGCCAAUGAUUGGCAAUGCAAAACUUGCAGUAAUGUGAAUUGGGCUAGAAGAUCAGAGUGUAACAUGUGUAAUACUCCAAAGUAUGCUAAAUUAGAAGAAAGAACAGGAUAUGGAGGUGGUUUUAAUGAAAGAGAGAAUGUUGAAUAUAUAGAAAGAGAAGAAUCUGAUGGGGAAUAUGAUGAGUUUGGACGUAAAAAGAAAAAAUAUAGGGGGAAGGCAGUUGGUCCUGCGUCUAUAUUAAAGGAAGUCGAAGAUAAAGAAUCAGAGGGAGAAGAAGAGGAUGAGGAUGAAGAUCUGUCUAAAUAUAAACUAGAUGAGGAUGAGGAUGAAGAUGAUGCUGAUCUCUCAAAAUAUAAUCUUGAUGCCAGUGAAGAAGAAGAUAGUAACAAAAAGAAAAGCAAUAGGCGGAGCCGCUCAAAGUCACGAUCGUCUCACUCAAGGUCUUCAUCACGCUCAUCCUCCCCCUCAAGUUCAAGGUCCAGGUCCAGGUCCCGUUCAAGAAGCUCUUCCAGCUCGCAGUCCAGGUCUCACUCCGGUUCCAGAGAACAUUCCAGAUCCCGUGGUUCGAAAUCAAGAUCCAGCUCCAGGUCCCACAGGGGCUCUUCUUCCCCAAGAAAAAGAUCUUACUCGAGUUCUUCAUCAUCUCCUGAAAGAGACAGGAAGAGGAGUCGCUCUAGACCUUCUUCACCAGCUGUUCGCAAAAAAAGACGAACGAGAUCACGGUCACCCGAAAGCCAGGUGAUUGGUGAAAACAUUAAACAACCCUGAGCCCAGGGCCAACCCCUACGGAACACCACCACUUUGCCCAGGCACCACAGGUCGUCCUCCGGAUCAACCCAUUCUGGUUCCCGUUCAAGUUCAAAAAAGAAAUAAUGUAUUAAAAUUUACAUCUUUAAAAAACAUUGAGUACAGUGCAUGAAGCAUAUUUUUUAGGAAGUUGAUGUCUUAUUUGGUCAAAAGUACUACAUCUGCUAGUAGAGGUGCAUGCCUUUAUUGCUUUUCAAAACAAUACAACUGUGUUUAUUUGUGAAACUUAAAGUAAAUUGCAUUUUAAGCCAUAUACUGUU